CCCAGAGAAGCUUUGAGAGAAACGCCGCUGCCAGUCCGGUAAAGUCAGCAAAAGGCGACGAACGACUUUUAUGUAGUAAUUUUACGUGUGAUUCCGCGCUUUAGAUUUGACGUUUCCUUUAUUACAUUCUGCAAUUAAUAUAAAACACAAAGUAAAAACAAAAAUACCACUAAGUGCAAAUUAUAAACAGUGGUCAAACCCAAGUUUAAUGUGCGGAGUGCAGGAUAGAAAGAGUUGAUGUUACGCAGUGGAAGUGGUUAUUAGAAGGCGCCGAAAAGCAACGUCUGGCCAGACAAUUUAAUUUGCCAAUCUAUAUACAUACAUAUAUAUAUAUAUAUAUAUACAAAUACAUAUACAUACAUAUUAGUGAAGAUAGAAAACACGUGUCCAUUUGCCAAAAUUCAGAAUUUGCAAAAAUAGUGUGCUUGUGUGCGAAAAGAAUAAAUAAAUACAUAAGUGAAAAAGAAAAAGCGCUGAAGCAGUUCGCACAAAAAUUUCAAACAUUUCGUUCCACAAAAAUGUCUGUACCCGUCGAUAUCAAGACAGAGGAAGUCAUUUUGGAAAGCACCGAAUACAACAGCGCAGAGGAAUUGGACGAGGAGCUACAACUACAAUUAGAAGAUUCCGGAGGUGAAUAUAUUCAGUAUCAGGCGGAACCGCAAAUCCCACAGCGUCAGCGCCACACUAAUUCCGGCAUGAAUACGAGCAGUGCAUCAAUAAAGAGUGGUGGCAGUGGUGGCGGUGGUAGCACCACACCAAACGGCAGUGCCACCAAUAGCGGCAAUAAAAACCUGCUAGAGAGUGAGAAACGUAUGCGACGAGAAAUCGCCAAUAGCAACGAACGACGACGAAUGCAAAGCAUCAAUGCCGGUUUUCAGAAUUUACGCUCGCUCCUACCACGCCACGAAGGCGACAAGUUGAGUAAGGCCGCGAUUUUACAACAAACCUCCCAAUACAUCUACGAGUUGGAGAACCAAAAGACCCAGCUUUUAAACCAAAAUAGUCAAUUGAAGCGUCAACUUGGAUUGCACGAAUCGAAUACAGCUGGCAGUUCAGCCACAGGAACAGUAGAGUCUUCAGCUGCUAGCGGUGCAGAAUCGUUGAACAGUGGCAGCGGGGCCAUAAAAAAACGCAAACUCACCGACAAUAUAAUCAGCCUCCAAACGAUAAGUGACUCCUCUGAUGAAGGCUUAGGAUCGAUGUCCCCAGAACCAACGACACUUUUGAAUGUGGGCGUUGGCAGUGUCAAUGCUAAAAGUCAAGUGAUUAUUGCACAUAAUGCUGCCACCUCUAAGGAAUUGAGCGAAAUGAAAAAGCAACUGGAAAAGGAACGCCGCAUGCGCACCAUGCUUGAAGAGGAAUUGCAAAUGAUCAAGCGGCAGCUGUAUUCGGUGGCCACGGCACCUGCAGCCUCUACAUCCUCAUACAUUCCACGCGAAGUGAUCGAACACACAGACAAUUUGGUCCGCGAAUCCAUAGAUGAGUUGCCAGCUGGAACUGUUUCCUAUGUUGAAAUUGAUGAAAUGACAGGUCAAAGGCAAGUGGUAGUUUGCUCAAGUAUUGAAGAGUUGGAGAGCGAAGCUGCAGCCGCAGCAGCAGAAAUUAUCACAGAAGACAAUGUGCAGGAGGAGGUCAUACUAUCAUCUACAUCGUCUACCGAAUCCGAGCAAGAAGUCAAUGCCAUUGCCAAGGCAUAUGCUGAAGGUUCAUCACCGUCAGCGGCAGUCCUGCAACCAAUAUUACAGGCCGCCAUCAAAGCAACGCCAAAAGUUGAGGUAGAACGCAUACAUGAGAUCAUCAAAGUAAAAACGGAAAAAAUAGAUCAACCAAGUGGUUUGACACGCUCGCGUCAGAAUCUUGAAACCAUUGUGGAGGCCAUAAGACACCUAGAAGGUGACCAUCUAUUCGCGGAUGGCAGUGAGCAAAAGUUGCAGCAACAGCAAAAUCAAAGAGCACAGGAGGCUCCCUUGGCGUUAACCACAAAAGUGCAGCAUGCGCAGCGUGCCACUUUGGCUGAAUUGCGUCCUUACCUGCAAAUCAAAGGCAACAAACAAGUAACCAUUCUGCAGCAAACAGGCCAGCAGAAGGAUAGUGGCACUGGCAGCAUUGGAACUACUACAGUCAUGCCCACCGCCAUUUACAAAGUGCAAACAACUGCCGCGGGGUCGAGCAGUGUAGGCGCUGGACAAGGUGCACAACAGGUGACGAUCACAACGACAGCCCUAAAACAGGUUCGGCCGGGUGUCAUUGUUGCCAAGCAGCUGUCUUGAUUGCAUUCAACUGCAACAACAGUGUCGCCAACUGCAAACACAACUACUGAGUUAGAGGUUAAAGAUGAAAGCUCGGCUACCGCUGAGCGAGAGGCAGGAGCACAGGCAACUUCAACAGCAGCAGUAGCAAUUGACUGUUUCCAAAAGAAAAGUACUUUCAAAGAAAAUGGAUCACAAUUAGAAACGUCGACGCAAAAUCCAUUUCCAACAGCUUUGGUGACCAAACUGGUGGAUGUGGGUGUUAACCGAAAGUCAAGUCAAUCAAAUCAAGGAAUGAACAUCUUUUCUAGUAUUGAUAUUGAUGACAUUUUAAAAAAAAAGGUAAAAGUCGUUAAAAAUUUUGCCACCAACAGAUCAAUUCUUAAUAACGCUAUGAUACAUUCACAACCAGAAAAGCCGAAUACUUUAGAAAAAUGUACAAAGACUGCUCAUAAUACCAAAUUGACCGUUUUACCAACAACGGCUACCAAUAAACCUACUGUUGCUGUUGAUAUAUCGUCAAUAGCUGGUCGUGCGGCAAAAUCUGCAAAUCGUUUUCGCAAUUUGGCUUCUUCAAUUGAGAACACUACUGAUGGCAAAUUAAAAGCAGCUGCUACUACUCCUAAACGAAUUAAUAAUUAUACUACUACACAUACUACUACGAUAAAACUAAAUAGUAAUAACAAACAUGAUAAUUGUAAUGAUAAUCUAACUAAUUUUAAUUCUUGUAAUAUUUUACCUAAGUUAACUAAACGUCAGCAAGCAAAAUCUUAAUGUUACCAACAUUGUUAAUAGUAAUAAAAAAAUCGCUAAAUUGUAUGGAUGAAUAUACAUAAAUGCAAGAACCAAUACAGCUACCCAUAAUUUGGUGGAGAUCGACCAUUAUAGUAUGUCGUAUCAUAUUUCGAGAAGAAAAUAAAAUAUUGUACUGGAAUUCAAAGAGCUAUGCGAGUAAAGCAUUAAUUAAUAUGGAUUAUGUGUAAAUGAUAAAACUAUUCCUUAAACCAAAAAAAGGCAUGCGUUUUUUGUGUUUAUCUUUUACUGUAUGUAUUUAAUGCAAAUUAAAAAUGCCUGUUGUUGUAAGGCGAGGAGAAACGUUUAUUACAAUUAUGCUAAGCAGUCUUAAUUGCCGACAGUCGAUGUCGUGUUUACGGUAUUGUGGCAUAGGCGAGGGGAUCGAAUUACGGCAUUCGGUUAAGAAAAAAAAAAUUGUUUCCAUUUUCAUCAUUUUCUGUCCCAAGUAUGGUAAUUACUACA